AUGUACAAUGAGGAAUCGCUUGAGUCCAAAUUUACAGAUAGAAUAUUCGGUUUUAUAUUCGUCUCAGUUAGCCUUGUUAUAAUCGGUCUCUGGAUUUACGUGAUAGCAUUAUCAGAUUUAGAAAUACUUUUCAGCAACUACGACUGUAAUGGCAACGUUUGUGGUAGUGAAAAGAAUCUGAAGCCACUUUUGUUUAUGAAAUUCAACGUUUCUAAGUAUAAAUACUUGCUUCACACUAAUUUUGAAGACAAGGUAUUAUCUGUACCUGUUUGUGUUCAAAGAUGUCCGGACCGUUUCAUAAACUCUUCGAAACAGCUUUCAAAUUUUAUAAACUCAACAGGUGUAUUCUUGUGUGACCCAAGGAUUCCCCCUCUGCUUUAUGAAUCUCAACCGCGUAUUUUAAAUGUAUCAUUAUGUCCAACAUUACCAUUAUAUCCAACUAUACCAAUUGGUGGUGUAUGUAUACCAGUCAAUUUUAUAAAUCAUAGCAAUUUGCAAAUUUUCAAUAUAAUGCGGAUUCAGAAUUCACUUUAUCGUUAUAUCAAAUAA